ACCGUACGUGAGUGUCGUAACAAUCGCUGGCCGCCCUGCCGGUGGCCUGUGGGGGCUCUGUCGCAGCUGCCGUCUGGCUGUGACCUUCACGGGGGCGGGAGCCGCUGCGAGGCCCCCGAAAUGGCCAUAGCGGAAACUGGAUCAGAAGAGGAGCAGGCCGGCGCCGCGGCUCACUAGGCUAAUCCUCCGCCUUGCGGCACCGGCACACCGGGUUCUAGUCCCGUUUGGGGCGCCGGGUUCUGUCCCGGUUGCCCCUCUUCCAGGCCAGCUCUCUGCUGUGGCCAGGAAGUGCAGUGGAGGAUGGCCCAAGUCCUUGGGUCCUGCACCCCAUGGGAGACCAGGGACCCAGUGACCUUGGAGGAUGUGGCUGUGACCUUUACCCCAGAGGAGUGGGCUUUGCUGGAUCCUUCUGAGAAGAAUCUCUACAGGGAUGUGAUGCGAGAAACCAUCAGGAACCUGGCUGCUGUAGGAAUAAAAUGGAAAGACCAGGACCUGGAUGAUGAGCACAGAAAUCUUGGGAGAAACCUAAGAAGUCUCCCGGGAGACGGGCUCUCUGAAAUUCAGGAUGACCAGCAACGCCCAGAAACCUUCAGCCAGAUUCUCCAUCAGUAUCUGUACGUGAAAACUGCGGGAGUGAACGCCUGCCAAGGCGGCAUGUGGGAAGGCUUCACCGGUCAUUCGGCCCUCCGUGGGCACAAGAAGACAGACGCUGGAUGCCCACCGUGUGAAACUCAGAAAGAGGAAGAGACACCCAGAGAGAAGGAACGCGGGAGAGCCGUGAGCGGUCAGCUGUCCCGUGACGUUCCUGAAAGGACGCACACUGGAGAGAAACCCUACCAAUGUAAGGAGCGUGGGCAGAGCUUCCGUUGUCCCAGUUCUUUCCAAAACCACGAGAGGUCGCGCGCUGGAGAAAAACCCUACAAGUGUACAGCACGUGACAGCACCUUUGAUUGUGCCGGUAAAGUUCAAGUGCACGGUCGGACUCCAAGCCGCCAGGACGCGCGCUCGGAGUGCGCCGAGUGCGGGAAGACCUUCAUCUCCCUGGCUAUGUUUCGCCGGCACAUGCUCACACACACCGGCGAGGGGCCUUACAAAUGCGGCCAGUGCGGGAAAACGUUCAUCUGCGCCAGCUCGUUCCAGAUCCACGAGCGGUACCACACCGGCGAGAAGCUGCACCAGUGCCAGCAGUGCGGCAAGGCCUUCAGCCUGUCCAGCUCCUUUGAGAAACACAGACGGACGCACACGGGAGAGAAACCGCACGGAUGCGCGAAAUGCGGCAAAGCCUUCACGUCGUCCAGUUCCCUCCAAAGACACAAGAAGACCCACACCGGGGAGAAGCCCUACGAGUGCAAGACGUGCGGCAAAGCCUUCAGCCGCUCCAUCUACCUGCACAUGCACGCGCGGACGCACACCGGGGAGAAGCCGUACGAGUGCCCGCGGUGCGGCAAGGCCUUCAGCUGCUCCCGAAACUUCCAGAUCCACGAGCGCACGCACACGGGGGAGAAGCCCUACGGCUGCAAGCGGUGCGGGAAGACCUUCAAUUGUCCCAGUUCUUUCCAAAGGCACGAAAGGACUCACACCGGGGAGAAGCCCUACGAGUGCACGAAAUGCGGGAAAGCCUUCAGCCGUUGCAGCAGCUUCCGCAUCCACGAGCGGACGCACAGCCGCCAGGACGCGCGCUCGGAGUGCGCCGAGUGCGGGAAGACCUUCAUCUCCCUGGCCAUGUUUCGCCGGCACAUGCUCACACACACCGGCGAGGGGCCUUACAAAUGCAGCCAGUGCGGGAAAACGUUCAUCUGCGCCAGCUCGUUCCAGAUCCACGAGCGGUACCACACCGGCGAGAAGCUGCACCAGUGCCAGCAGUGCGGCAAGGCCUUCAGCCGCUCCAGUUCCUUCCGAAUCCACGAGCGGACCCACACGGGAGAGAAGCCCUACGCGUGCAAGCAGUGCGGCAAAGCCUUCACGUCGUCCAGUUCCCUCCAAAGACACGAAAAGACCCACACUGGGGAGAAGCCCUACGAGUGCAAGACGUGCGGUAAAGCCUUCAGCCGCUCCAGCUACCUGCACGUGCACGCGCGGACGCACGCUGGGGAGAAGCCCUGAGCCCGUGCACAGUGUGGCGAAGCCUGGCCUUCAGCCUGUUCUGCGGCGCAGAUCCGUGAAAACUUCUCAGCGUGCACAAAACGCAAGCGCGGAAGAGCUCUCAGAUUGGAGAGAAACCGCAUAGAAGGAACAGACGAAGGCUUUCGUCCUCACCGCCUCUCUAGGGGUACCCGGUGGAUUCAGCCUUGUAAGUAUGAGACGCCGAUGGGAGCUUCCAGCUAGAGCGGGUGCUUGGAGACAUGUGAAUAUUCUCAGUGUACAGUCGUGGUCCUGACCCAAGUAACAGUAACAGCCUGAUGCAAAUUCAUCUGUAUGUAACGUUCCAUAAAGCAUACAAGGUGAGGCCAGUGUUAAAAAAAGUUACAAGUUGUUGUUUUGUUUUGUUUUGUUUUUUUUUAAGAUUGAUUGACUUGAAAGUCAGAGUUACAGAGAGGGAGGGAGAGAUAGAGACAGAGUUCCAUCUGCUGGUUUGCUGCCCAGAUGGUCGCAAUGGCCAGGGCUGGGCCAGGCUGAAAUUAGGAGCUUCAUCCGGGUCUCCCAUGUGGGUGACAGGGACCCAAACUCUUAGGCCAUCUUCUGCUGCUUUUCCCAGACCAUUAGCACUUGGUUUAGAAGUGGAGCAGGUGGGGCAUGAACUGGUACUCAUAUCGGAUGCUGGUGUUGCAAGUGCUGGCUUUACCUGCUGUGCCACCACACGGGUCUCUGAAUUGAUUUUCUUUAUUCGGGGUCAAAAUAGGGAUCUCUGAACUAUGGCUUUCUAUUAAUUCUCACAAAAAAUAUUGAAGUGAGAUAAUUUUUAAGUAUAUUUUAAGCAGUGGUACACAAGUUUCAUGGGUAAUGUGUUUUUCUUAAAUCACUUAAUAGAAUUCGUGUUUAUCCAUCUUGCAGUGUUUUGGAUCCAUGGGUGAAUUGAAAUGUACUUAUAAUAUGUAUGGAUAUUUAAUUUUAAAGUUUUAUCUAGUUUUUUAACUAUUGUGAGAUUAAUGGGCAAGUGAAAAAUUAGUCUUUGUUGGGAUUUUCUUACUGGCCUUGUGGCAACUUCUGGAUAUCUCUCAUCCAUAUUAUAUAUAGGCUACCUUUCUUUGAGAGAGAGAGAGCGCGAUUUUCCAUUGAGUGGUUUACUUCCCAGAGCUGGGCCAGGCCAAAACCAGGGGUUUGGAACUUUUCCUGGGUCUCCCACAUUGGUGGUGGGAGCACACACACUUGAGCCUUCAUUUGCUGCCUCCAGGGUACAUUGGCAGGAAGCUAGACCAGAAGCAGAGCAGCCAGGGCCCAGACUGGUGCUCCAUUAUAGCAUGGGGACCCUGCAGUACAGUGCCCUCCCCUACUGGUUUUAUUUUUUAUUUAUUUAUUUAUUUAUCUUAUGGAGCACAGACGUUUAUUUCAUUUUCUUUGAUAGCAGAAUUUAUUACAGAAUAUAAUAAAUUAUUUUCCUCUCUUGUUGCUCUUUAGUGGCAGUAUGUCUGGCCAUUAUUUUGAUGGUCCACUUUGAAUCCGGGGGAAAAGACCUGUGAUAUAGGACCACGGAGUUCAGAAUUGGAGCUGGAUCUCUGGGUUGUGUUACUCCAGUGUUAAGAGUGAGGUUUUUCAGAAUCCAGUCACUUUAUGAGUCUGUGUUAAAUUUCACUGGCAGCCCAACUCAGAGGUUUGGGAGGUGAAAGUGAAGAAAAUAGUCGUAUCUGGAGCCACCAGAGACACAGAAUAAUAAGGGGGUGGGGUGGGGUGGGGUAGACACCUUCUUCCACCCCAUUUUUCUGAUUGUUUUGCCAAUCAAAACUACUGUCAGAAUCCCCCACCGACUACUUCACUACAUUUUCUUAGGGGUGUAGGUCUCCACGUGAAAGACCCACUCGCAGUUUGGGAUUGCCUCCAAGCCCUGGGUGUCUGUGAGGCACUGGUUUGUGCCGUCAUACUUGGGGAUGUUCUCUUGGGGAGAUACACUCCGCCCUCUCUUGACUUUGUAGAGGGCCUCAUUGACGCAAAACCCUUGUUCGUACAGGUGGUGGCUGCUCUUUAUUCAGCAUGACAGCUGCAGCGAUGUCACCGUGAAACUGCCUGAUGGGAGCUGGUGCCGUGGUGCAGUGGGCUAAGCUGCCGCCUAUAAUGCAGGCAUCCUGUGUGGGCGCCGGUUCGAGUCCCAGCUCCACUGGGGAUCCAGCUCCCUGCCAAUGGGCCUGGAAAAGCAGUGGAAGAUGGCCCAGGUGCUUGGGCCCCUGCCACUCAUGGAAGACUUGGAUGUCGCUCCUGGUUCCUGCCUUUGGCCUGGCCCAGCCUUGGCCAUUGUAGCCAGAUCUGUAAAAUCUGUCUCCUCUGUCACUAACUCUGCCUUUCAAAUAAAUAAGUGUUUAAUAAACAAAGCGAAACAACUUGAUGAGAACUUGGGUAUUUUUUGCCCUCACGUCAUCUUUCACUUGAGAGGCACCACCUUGCACAUUUCCAGAAGCCCAUAGGUGUUUCCUGUUCAUCAAGACUCAAUGUAAUCCCUCGGCUCAUUUUCAGUCUUGUUUUAUUCUGUGUGAUUUUUGAAAUAUGCAUUGUUUUUCUCAAGUGGAAGUUGUGUGUGUGUGUGCAUGUGCGUGUGUAUGUCUUAGAAGUAUUUUCAUAUUAAACAUUUUCAAGCACCAAA